AUGCGAAAGGCCCUGAGCCACAUCAAGCAUGUGUUCAUGUACGGAAAGCUUAUGCGGGCCACAAAUGCAACACCAAUUCUUGUUCUUGUUCUUGUCAGUGUCCCAGGGCAUGACGCGGUACUGACGCUACCGCCGUUGCACGGCAUCAUACCCGACGAGCUGCUAGCCGCCCUACCAUCGGCGCCUCGCCCCCCUCCAUCCCGGCCUGGGCUCGCUCGCCUGGCCUCGCCUACACCAGCCGAGGCGAGCCAGACGCGCCAGGACGGCCGCCUCUUUCUCAACAAAUCCGCUGUCACAUGGGGGGCAUGGGGCCCCUGUUUCAUCUCUUCUUGUCCCUUGCGGCUCGGGAACGCCAGAACACCCUGA